AUAAAACCUGCCUUAUUAAUAAAUGCAAAUUUCAGUUUUCACACAAUUGUAGUAAAUGCAUCAGCUGCAUUUCCCACCCACCUCUCAUCUCUUUUUCCUCUAACUAAUUAAAUAGAAUAAUGUUCUAAAAUAUCGUUUUUUCGAUCAUUCUCUCCGUCUUCACACACAUGGACCCAUUUUUCUUCUUAAUCAUCAAAUGUCAACCGCCUCCUACCUCUUCCACCCUCCUCCACUUCCGCCGUCGCCGCCACACGACUCCAACCACUCUCACCUCACAACUCUAGGCUUUGGCUACUCCAUAGCCAUAGCUCUCGGGUUUCUCGUCCUCCUUUCCAUCGUCCUCCUAUCCUCCUACAUCUGCUGCCGCGACUCUCGCCGCCGCACAACCGCCGUUGAAACCACCGAGGAAGGUGGCAGAAGCGUUAACCUCCCUCGCAUAAUCUUCAUCUCCGAAGCCAACAACCAAGAUCUCGAAGCGGGUGACGUCAUCGUGGGACUAGACCAAGCCGUCAUAAACUCUUACCCGAAGUUCCACUUCUCCAAAGAAACCUCCGCCGCGUCUUCCGAUGGAUUUGGCGGCGGAGGAGAUACCUCGUGUACGAUAUGUUUGUGUGAGUAUAAAGAGGGAGAGAUGUUGAGGAUGAUGCCCGAGUGUAAACACUACUUCCAUUUAUGCUGUCUUGACGCGUGGCUUAAACUCAACGGAUCUUGUCCUGUUUGUCGGAACUCGCCGCUUCCGACACCAACAUCUACACCUAUGUCAACACCUUUGUCGGAAGUUGUGCCGCUCUCGCAGUAUGCCGCUGAUCGGAGGAGAGCAAGAAGAUGAGAUAUUUUAACAUAGAUCCAUUCGCCUAAUAAAUUAGGGUUAUAUUAAUUAUUUUUGUGGCUCCGUUUCGUUACAAACUUUACUGAUUUGUAGAUAAAUUUUUCUUCAGAAGUGGAGUUUGCCAUUAAUAUCAUCGAAAUGAAAUUUAGUUUGAACGAUUUGCUUCACAUGUUUAUCCUUUCUUUGUUGACGUGUUUUUUUUUUUGUUUUCCCUAUCU